UGGCCAGGUCCUCCAUGACCCCCACCAACUCCUCGUUGAGACUGUCUGCCUCGGCUUGCAGACUCGUCACCUCCUGCUCUAGCCUCUGUUUCUCCGCCUCCAGACUUGCAGCCGUCUCUGUCAAUGCGCUCUUGUCGUCCGUCAGUUGCUUGUUCGUGGCCUCCAGCUCCGCAGACGUCUUUUCCAGUUCGCUCUUUUCCUCCGUCAGCUGCUUGUUCUCGCACUCCAGCUCUGUAGCUGUCGUUUCCAGCACGCUCUUCUCCUCCGUCAGCUUUUUGUUUUUGUCCUCCAGCUCUGCAGCUGCUGUUUCCAGCGUGCUCUUCUCCUCCUCCAGCUUGACCUUGUCUGCGCUCAAAUCCUCCACCGAUUUAGUCAGUGCGCUCUUUUCCUCCGUCAGCUGCUCAUUCUGCUCGCCCAGAUCUGCAGCCGCCUUUGUCAGUGUCGCCUUCUCCUCCUCCAACUUGACCUUGUCUGCGUUCAACUCAUCCACCGACGCUGUCAGCUUGGCCUUGUCCGCGUUCAGCUCCUCCACCGACUCUUCCAGCUUCUUCUUGUCUGCGCCCAAGUCCUCAACCGACUUUUCCAGCUUCUCCUUUUCCGCACUCAGCUCCGCCACAUCCCCCCGCAGUUUUUCCUUAUCGGCCGCGGCGCUUUUGAGCUGCGCCUCUAGGAGUUCCCUCUCCUUCUCCAAGCCGCCGGCCUCGCCCCUAAGCUUUUCCAGCUCCGCCCCCACCUCAUUAUUUUUCUGCUGGAGGCUCCCAAACCUCUUCUUGAUCGCCUCCCUUUUCUCGGUGACGAGCUGCUUGUUCCGGGCCGCGGCCCCGGCAAGGCCGCUGGCAAGCUUGCCCCCAGGGACGCCGGCCGUGCUGUGCUUGGCACGGGGGCUCGCGGGAGGAGUUUGGGGGUUGGCUGAAGACAUGAUGGGUGGCUGCCUGUUGUGUCUGAUUGGCUGCUAGUGGGUGCUGCAGUAGGGAGGGUCGCUAAGGCAAGCUUCGGAGGGUGUUGUGGGGGGGAGGCUUGUUGGCGUCUGAUAUUGAGUGGACAGAAACCGCGCAGGCGCAGAAAAUGUGGAGGAUGUGCGUGUGUUUUAUUGUUUGGCUCAAAGAGGUGACCUGUCAUCUGUCAAGGGUGACCUGUCACUUGAAGAGCACCAACUGGCACGUCCACGACAACGGGCCGCUUUUAUAGAUAUCUCUUGCCCGGGCCAAGCUCAGCCUUACCUCUCUACAAGGUAGAUAUUCACCUCUUUUGGUGCGGUCUUUGGCGCGCUCCUUUCCCAUCCUUGCGGCUCUGUUUGACACCCAACAAUACACCAGCUCGCUUGUCGCGCUCGGGCGGUCAUGGGUCCUUGCAGACGCCGAGCGUGCAGCUGGACGCACGCUGCAGCAUGGGCCGGCCAGUGGAUAAGCAGCAGGCUGCAUUUCGACAAAUGCAUCCCUGCCCGAUAACUCGCAUCUCAAACGGGCCCGUCAUAGAUAGACUCGCGCACGACCCGAGAGAGAGGCGAGCCGCCCACACGCCUAGGAGGAGGGGAGGGGGGCGGCAAUCGGCCUGAGCCGCACCCGGAAUCGGGCUCCAUGGGGCUCAGUCCCAAGGGCUCCGUCUCCCGUGGGGUAGAUUCUGCAACUCGGAAUCGAUCACUAGCGCACGACGAUGCGGCCGAGGGCUUGACAGCGAACGCCGAGAAGUGCGAACGUGGCUCCAUACACAAGACGAGCAGGACGCCCCGAGGCCGCCUUUCUUGCAGUCGCCUUGCAGUUCGUUAGGCCCCAACGAGGCAAUUUCCCGCCAUGAUGAGGUCACAGGGUGGGGCUGCUGCGCUGCCUCUCGCAUCGAGGGCGGCUCUGCGCAGUUCGCAAGUUUGCGGGUUUGUGAGCCAGGCCGCGGAGUUGCGCCAGACGACCCAGAAGGAAAGAAAGCCAUAGAACUCGGAUGGAAUUUCGAAAACUGCGAGCGCGAGGUCACACGCACUCCCCCACCAGACAAGCACCGCUAGCGCUCCCACUCCACCACUCCCUGCUCGGUCCCUAUAUGGGCGACUAUUCGCCGGUCCAGGCCGUGGCCGAGCCCCUUUGCGAUACGCGCAAUGUGCCAGCACGUCGUCCGGAAGCCCGGGUCGGCCGCGCUCUCGAAGCGGCAGAGGUUCAGGUGGUCCGCGGCCAGGGGCACCUGCUCCUCGUGCUCCAGGUUCAUGCGCGCGCUCAUCUUGUCCACGAUCGGGCCCCUCGUCCCCGGCCACGCCUCGGUCUCGUAGAAGCUCACGAUGGCGAACCGGCGCGCCAUGAAGCGGAAGUCCUCGCAGAUGUUGGAGAUUUCGGGCGAGCUGCUCGUCAGGGAGUCGACGAGCUCGGACCGGCGGCCCCUCCAGCCGAGCCGCCGCUUCGACACGGGCGCGAACGCCUUGGCCAUGGUCAGCCACCGGGACCGGUCGGCACCGAGACAAAAGGUGCUGGUAUCGGCUGUCGGUUUUGGCCGCAUAGAGAGCCUGCCUCUCAAGUUAGCGGACUAGUCCAAAACGGCAAUCUCCGGAGACGGUGCCUGCCUGACCUGCUUCAGGACGAUUCCGCCCAGGCUGUGGGCCACAAAGAUGAUGGGCUUGCGAAAAUCCCUGUCAUCCCGCAGAUCCCGUAGUCUAGCCAGCAUUGCUUGGGCGUUGCCUCUGAUGCCGGCCACGGACGUGUUUCCAUAGACGUCGGCGUUGUAUGCAAAGGACAAGACGCGAGCAUUCGGCAGCUCACUGGGCAGCAAGUCCCUUGGCCAGCAAAUCUUGGUUGCUUCAUGCGUCCAUGUCGUCAGGUAGUCACCGUUCAGGCCAUGGACCAGGACCAGGCUAAUGAAGCAUACGGUUAGGCUAUUCGUGCAAUAUUUCAGCCGAGUGAUACGUACUCAAAUGUCGCCGUCAGACCUUGCGAGUCGGGGUCGUGCAGUAUCUCAAUGACGAGGUCCCUUUUUGGUACCAUGCUGCCGCCUGGCGAACUUGGCUAGGAUGGCCCACAAGCUGGCCUAGCAGAGAAGUAUUGGCUAGGGCUACGUGGUCAAGCAGGAUCCAGGAAGGGGUUUGAGAUGGAGAGGGAUAAAAAAAAAAACUUUUCCGAUAAGAGCCCGGCUUUCCAAUGUUUUAGGCCCUUUAUGAACCACAUGACUGCGCUUCCCAGAAACGUCGUGCUGGCGGUUGCCUCGAAGUCUAGGCCAGAUGGCACAGCCCUAGGCCAGCUGCCCCGUGGCUCGAAUGCAAUGCAGUCUGUCGGGUUGGGCAGCUACGCUACGAGACACACUCGCACCACCGGGUUGGCUGCCUUGCCAUAUUUACCUCUGAUGCCACGAUGCCAACAGACACUCAACCCAGCCCAACCCGACGCGAGAUGGGAUCAUUAGGCACCUGUCAGUUAGGGGCUACCAAACAGGGGCUACCAAACAGGGACUGCCGAAUAGACAGGCAGCAAGGGGUUACCAGAGAUGUAGACAGCAACAAGAGACAACCCCUUAGCAGUAACUCAUGCGGCUCAAGGCUCUCGGGAAAUAAAACCUCGUUGGCGAUCUACUGCUUCACGCAAGCAUUUGGAGCCAGAUCAUCAACCCUUCCCAAUGCACAGCCCGUUCUCUGCCCAAGAUGAAAGCCACCCCGACCAUCUACACUAACAAUAAUGUCGGGCUCUUUGAGCUUCCCCCGCCCUCUCCCGACUGGGAGAAGACGCAUGGGACGCCCGAACUGGACGUGGUCGCCGUCCACGGCCUCAACGGGGAGUGCUUCCGGACCUGGACGCACGAGGAGCCGACGGGGGAGAAGACGCUGUGGCUGAGCGACCUGCUGCCGCACAAGCUCCCGCGGACGCGCGUCAUGACCUUUGGCUACAACGCCAGCGUGGUCGGCAACACCUCGGUGGCGGGCGUGCGCGACAACGCGCGCUACCUGCUCAACUCGCUGCGCGACAAGCGCGAGUACGACGGCACCCACGACCGCCCCAUCGUCUUUGUGGGCCACAGCCUCGGCGGCAUCGUCAUCAAGCAGGCGCUCCGCAUGGCGCGCAACGAGCCGCGGCUGGUGGCCGUCGCCGACAACACCAAGGGGAUCGUGUUUUUCGGCACGCCGCACAGGGGCACCGACGCGGCGAGCUGGGGCGAGCUCGCGGCCAAGCUCAAGAGCGCCUCGUACGGCACGCGGCCGCGCUCGCCCUUCUUCAAGCUGCUGCGGUCCAACUCCAACGACCUGAUGAACCUGUCGGAGGACUUCCGGCCCAUCGCGCAAAACUACGCGCUGGUGAGCUUCGUCGAGCAAAACAUCAUCUCCAAGCUGGGCUUCAACCGCGUCGUGGUGGCCAAGCACUCGGCCGUCAUGGAGAUGCCGCACGAGGAGCAGGCCUUCAUCAACGGCGACCACUCGACCAUGUGCAAGUUCUCGCGCGACCCGGCCGACGCCGUCCGCUUCAACUCGGUGUGGCGCAGCAUCGAGCGCGCGGCCAAGGGCACCGAUGCGCGCCCGGCCCCGAGCCUGUACGACCUGUAUCAGAAGUUUGCGCACGGCACGGCCAGUGGCGAAACCGCCACCCCCGCCAAGCCCGGCGCGGGGCGCAUCGAGGGUUCGCACGCGGACCAGGCCAGGCCCGCGUGGUCUGCCGCGCCGGUGCCCGAGGGGGUGCGGGUGGGCGGCGGCGGCGGCAAGGUGCACGUCUAUGUCGGUUGAUGAAGGGCUCACGAAAUCCGAGUCACGAGAGGGUGGCGCCCAGGUAUUGGCAGGACCCGGCUAUACGGAUGCAUGGCACUCCGUAAAGGGCGAAGGAUUCAAAUCUGUUGGUUGAGGCUCGUUUGGCUGCCUAGUGGUGUGGAACCACCUCAACACCCCUGUCAAAAGAGAUGAGUGAGGCCAGCCAUUUCAGCCCUUUAAAAAGCCGUCAUCUCGCAAGCCUCUACCGUCAUCACCACG